GGCGCAGUGGCCUAGAUGUUGGCCCGUUGCUAGAUAAUACUUAUCUAGCGUUCGAGGAUGGGUCCUAGGCUUUUCAUAGAUGUGAAAAGUUUCGGCGGCCAUGCGGCCAUCAAUUGGACGACUCUAGAGGAGGUGGACGAGGCGACGAGAGCCCGAGAUUACAUUGGACAUGAUACUCUGUGGGACAGAUUGUUCCAACUGGCAUACUUGCCUUCGUAUCGGGUCAUGGUGUGCAAGUUCUUGGCAUCGUUCGAGUUCACUCCCAUGCCUACAGACCAGCCAGAGGAGCUUGACGAACCCCAAGAUUCGUGGGUCGAGGUUAGUUUUCGUUUAGGGGGUGAGUGGCAUGAGAUGUCAUUGAGAGAGUUUGCCAUGCACAACGACAUUUAUACGUUGGAGGAGACAAAUACCCCCUCUACACCGAGGGCGUCCAUGUGUUACCUCGAUCGACACUUGUCAAGUUCUGGAAAUUGAUUGGUUGGGGUUGCUUUGGUCGCUCGAAGUCAAGGGUUUCACAUAUCAGAGACCCUUUGU